AUGGCUGCACCAACGGUCUCACCUGAAGAUCUUGCUGCCUUCCACGCGACUCACUUCUCCACGAGCUCCACGACCCAUUUCGUGGAGCAGUUCCUUGGUCCGGUCGAGGAGGAAGAGUACCUAGAGGAUUUGGAGGACGAUGGCCUGGGGUACUAUGAAGAUGGAACCAAACGCACCUUGACGGAUGAGCAGAUAGCAAUCUUCCGGCACUCUGAGAUUCAGGCCCUGUUGCGAGAUCGACGACACGCCGCUGAAGCAAAACAAGACAAGGAAGAUAACCAGACGGAAGAGAAUUCGCCAAAGGUGCAGAUAGAAGGUAUUCUAGUGCAGGAGGCUGUUGUAGAGGAACAAGUCCAAGGGGAAGAGAUGCUUGAGGAUGGCGAGCUCGAUGAAGAGGCAGAGACCCCGACUACCGAGAUGCCCAGCUCUUCACCGGCCACGAAGGGCAAGAAAUCCAAGAAGAGGGGGAAGGAGGCCCAGAAGACCGAAACGGCAAAACAGAAAAGCUUCUUCAAGCAACAUAUUAAGCCGGAUUUGAGGAAGAGAACAUGGGAUAAGGUGGACACCGGACUUGAGAGCUUGGAUUACGAUGAAGGCGACUCUAGCGCCGCUUCAACGAGGUUGAUACAGAGAAGGCGAAUUUCUUACGACGAUGACUGA